GCUCUUGUAGUGUAUAAUAUGUAAGACGAUAAAUUUAAUUGCUGACAUAGUAUCAUUAUAGUGAAUUUAGCUUUGUCAUUGUUUGAUUAUUAAUAAUUGGUGAGAAUCGGUGUUUGUUAUUGAAACAUAACUAAAAGCUUAUAAAAACAUCCGCGGUAAUAUGUAUAUAGCUUUAUUGUGAUUUUCUCGUUAUAUUAGCAACACUAAAUCGAGUUUAAAAUGGAAAUAUUGAAUACCUUCAAUCUACUUCUCCUGACUGCAAUAUUUCUGAUAUACAAGUGGGUGAACUACAAGUUAACUUACUGGAAAAGGCGCGACCUUCUAGUCCCAGAUAAAAACUAUUUGAAAGAUGCACUAGACGCAGUUCUUUCUAGAAAUGCUUUUGCUGACCGAGUUCUUGCAUUGUAUCGGAACUUUAAGUCCAAGGGAGUACAUCAUGGUGGCAAUUAUGUUAUGUUGGUGCCGCAAUAUGUACCUAUGGACUUGGACAUUAUAAAAUCCAUCAUGCAAGUUGAUUUCCAACAUUUCGUUGAUAGAGGUGUAUACAUGGAUGAGAAAAAUGACCCUAUUAGUGCCCAUUUGUUCAGUUUGACAGGAACAAAGUGGAGAAUUUUGAGGCAUAAGUUAACCCCCACUUUUACAUCAGGUAAAAUGAAGAUGAUGUUUGGGACUCUUCUCGAUUGUACCAAAGGAUUACAUAAGGUGCUGGAGAAAACGAACGGAAAAGAAGUGGAUAUCAAAGAUAUUCUAGCCAGAUUCACAACAGACAUCAUUGGAAGCUGCGCAUUCGGCAUUGAAUGCAAUACCUUGGAUGAUCCAAAUAGUAUUUUCAGAGAAAAGGGAAUAAAAGUCUUUGACGUGGAUUCAAAACAGAAUUUAAUUCAAUUCGUAUCCCUUGUUAUGCCUCAAAUUCUAAAAAUUUUCAACAUACCAAUGGUACCUAGCGACGUUAGCAGCUUCUUCAUCAACUUAGUAAAAGACACAGUGGACUACCGAGAGAAGAAUAACAUAACACGUAAAGACUUCAUGGACCUGUUGAUCCAGUUGAAAAAUAAAGGAAAACUAGCAGACGAUCAGGAAGUGGAAAUCAAUGAGAAUGAGAAUAGGAUAACUAUCGACGAGAUUGCAGCACAAGCUUUCAUUUUCUUUGAAGCUGGUUUCGAAACCUCCUCAACUACCAUGACUUUCUGUCUCUAUGAACUAGCAAGAAAUAAAGACAUUCAAGAGAAAUUGAGAAAGGAAAUAUUAGAGACAUUGGACAGACAUGGUGGUAAGAUAACAUACGAGAAUAUCCAUAGCAUGGUAUAUUUGGAUCAAGUGAUUAAGGAAACUCUCAGGAAAUAUCCCCCUCUACCUCAAUUAACUAGGAUAUGUACAAAAGAAUACAAAGUUCCAGGCACUGAUCUCAUCUUAGAAAAAGGAAUGCAAGUGAUGAUACCUGUGAUGGGUAUCCAUCGUGAUGCAGACUACUAUCCAGAUCCAGACAAAUUCGAUCCAGAAAGAUUCUCAGAAGAAAACAAGGACAGCAGGCAUCAAUAUAGCUAUCUACCAUUCGGAGAAGGUCCACGUGUUUGCAUAGGAUUACGUUUUGGAAUGAUGCAAACGAAGGUUGGCUUGGUGACACUCUUGUCAAAUUACGAAUUUUCAGUUAAUAAGAAAACAAUCGAACCGAUCGAAUUCAAGGAAACAUCCUUCAUUAUAACAACAAAAGGAAAUUUAUGGUUAGAUUUCAAGAAACUACCUUAGGAGUCGUCUGAAACGAUGGUAUAAUUGUUGAUAGAAGUAUGGGCUGUUAUAUACUAUUGGCUAUAAAAUAGAAUAUAGUCAGCUAAUAAAUAUAAUGAGAAAAAACGAAA